GCCCCAUCUCUCCCUUUUCUCCUUCUCUCCCUCUGGGUUUGGAUUUAAAGUCAGAUCUCUGCGUAUCUCUCCUCUGAUCUCCUUCCCCUUAAACCUCAGAGACAAAUACAGUCCAUCCCUCCAAACCCCAUCAUCAUCAUCAUCAUCAUUCCCACCGUUAUCCCGAGUGUUGAACACCUUCUGUGUACGAGACUCCUCUUUAUUUUGGUUGAUUUAUUGGUGAAGAUUGAGCAUUCGCUGGAAAGAAAGAAGAGAUUAAUGUCACCUUUUCCUUUGGUCACACCCUUGUGAGCUCCAAUCCCUGAGCCAAAUUAGGAGAGAAAAAUCGAGAGUCGCUUUCACUUUCCACGGGUUUCUAACAUGAGAUUUCUGCUCCGUGGGGGUAAUGGACUGAGAUCCAGAUAACCACAAGCCUCGGAACUGAACUAACUAAUUUAAAGUAUCAGGUUUAAAGGGAAGAGACUAUUGGGUGCGAUAGAGAAGCAACAAUGGUAGGCAGGUUACCCAGCUGUAACUCCCUGGCUCGCUUCUGCCAGAAGCUGAACCGAGUGAAGACGCUGGAGGCAGACAUGAUGGAAACCUCCUUUAACAGGUGCCUGUCCGCUGUGGACCUGACCCUGCUGGGAGUGGGCGGGAUGGUGGGCUCUGGGCUGUACGUGCUGACGGGCACGGUGGCCAAGGAGAUCGCCGGUCCAGCCGUCAUCGUGUCCUUCGCCUUCGCCGGCUUCGCCUCGUUACUGGCCGCCUUCUGCUACGCGGAGUUCGGGGCCAGUGUGCCAAAGACGGGCUCGGCCUACAUGUUCACCUACGUCUCCGUGGGCGAGCUGUGGGCCUUCCUGAUCGGGUGGAACGUGAUCCUGGAGUACACGAUUGGCGGGGCGGCGGUGGCCAGAGCGUGGAGCGCCUACCUGGACUCCAUCUUCAGCUACCGCAUCCACAACUUCACUGUCACCCACAUCGGCUCCUGGGACGUGCCCCUCCUGGCCCACAACCCUGACCUCGUGGCCGUGGGGAUAUUGCUGAUAGCCACCGCCUUCAUCAGCUGUGGGGCCAAGGUCUCCUCGUGGCUCAAUCACAUCUUCUCAGCCAUCAGCAUAGGCGUGAUCCUCUUCAUCCUGAUAUUUGGCUUUAUCCUCGCCGACCCAAAGAACUACAGUGCCAAAGAGGGUGGCUUUGCCCCCUACGGCUUUUCGGGCAUCAUGUCCGGCACCGCCACCUGCUUCUUCGCCUUUGUGGGUUUUGAUGUGAUCGCGGCAUCCAGUGAGGAAGCCAGGAACCCACAGAAAGCCGUGCCUGUAGCCACCGCUGUGUCCCUGGGCCUCGCUACCCUGGCUUACAUCUUGGUCUCCACAGUCCUCACCCUGAUGGUGCCCUGGCACUCCCUGAACCCGGACUCUGCCCUCGCAGACGCCUUCUACAGGAGGGGCUAUUCCUGGGCGGGAUUUAUAGUGGCCAUCGGAUCCAUUUGCGGAAUGAACACCGUUAUCCUCUCCAACCUCUUCUCCCUUCCUAGGAUAACCUACGCCAUGUCCGAGGACGGUCUGUUCUUCCAGAUCUUCUCCCGGGUCAACCCCGUCACCCAGGUGCCCGUGAUUGGCAUUGUGGUGUUUGGGAUCCUGAUGUCCAUACUGGCGCUGGUGUUUGACCUGGAAGCCUUGGUCCAGUUCUUGUCCAUCGGUACCCUGUUAGCCUACACCUUCGUAGCAGCCAGCAUCAUCGUGCUCCGCUACCAGGCAGAUCGAAUGAGCUCCCCCAAGACCUUUGCACCCGGUCCCCAGAGAGUCCAGGCGCAGGACAGCGGGGAGCUGAAGGAAUACGAGUCGUUCUCGGACAAGCUGCAGUUGGUGGAGAGGGAAAAGCUGGCCAAAGAGCAGAGGGAGCCCGGGCAGCUGAAGUCCACCUUUGAACCCUACCUGCGUUUCCUCAGCGACUUUGCACCCGGAGAGAUCGUGACAGUUACGGUGGUGGCUAUGAUGGUCUGCUCCGUGUCCUUGUGCUCCAUCCUGGUGUUCGGCACCAGUCACCUCCAACUGUCUGAAUGGGCUUACGUCCUCUUUGUAGUGGUCUUCGGGGCGGGUUUCAUUCUCAGCCUGUUUCUCAUCUGGAUUCACGAACAGCAUCCCAAAUCCAAAACCUUUCAGGUUCCUCUGGUGCCCUUCAUUCCUGGGUUAAGUAUCUUGUUGAAUACGUUCCUGAUGUUGAAGCUGAAUUUAAUGACCUGGGUGCGAUUUUCCAUUUGGCUUGUGAUAGGUCUCGUCAUCUACUUCGGCUACGGCAUCUGGCACAGCAAGGAGAACCUGAAGGAGCCCAAACCGCGGGACGUGACGGCUCGCUAUGUGGUCCUCCCGAGCGGAAGCCUGGUGGAGACGGUGCAAGCGGUGCAGCCAGAGGCUCAGGACCCCAUGGGCAUGGCGGAGAUGGCUGGUGAAGAAGCGAAGACCAGAUAGUAAUGUCCCCAUCCCACCGCCCCUCCCCCCCACAGCCCUCAGACAUCCUUGAUCGAGCUCCGUUUGUCCCAAAGGUUUGGUGUGGCUCCAGGAGUGACUGGUGGGAGCCACAUUAUCGUUGCCGCUCGUGUGCUUUCGUGAAAUCGUCCGUUUGCAUUCUCUGUUGAUUUUCAAUCACCUCUGCUCCCCCCGUAGCCCCCGCCCGCCAAGGAACAGAUCGAUUUCAAGCCCCUCUCAGCCGUCUUCAAAUCCCUUCA